GUUGUUGAACUUUUUCCACGAUCAGCACUUCAGCGGCACUUUCCUGAUGAGCUUCGAGCGCUCCGCUUUCCUACACAAUGAACUGUAUUGACGUUUAAUGACGCGCAAUGGCACCUUUUGGGAAAAACUUUCUGAAAGCGCGCUUGAAGAACAGGUCUAAGGUUGUAGAGGACACACCAGGAAAAGAAAUCCAGGUGCGGGUGUGUCAAGAAGAAAAAAUAGUCUGCGGUGUGACCAAGCACACGACAUGUGCCGACGUGAUUAAAGCUUUAUUAGAGGACCACAAGACAAUACCCGAAAGUAAAAGGCUUUUACAUGGAGAACCCAAAGACUUCUGCAUCCUGGAACGGUGGAGGGGAUUGGAAAGGGCUCUGCCACCACUCACUCGAAUCCUCAGACUUUGGAACGCAUGGGGUGACGAAAAACCUUUCAUACAGUUUGUUCUUGUGAAAACCAGCGAAUUCGUGCCAUCGUCUAAGGGAGCCAAGAAGUCCUCGAGAUCACGGGUAGCGAGGUCAAGGAGAUCAGACCAAGGACCUGCGCAUUAUGCCAAGGCCGUGUCUGUAGAGAAGCAGAAGCGCAUGGUAAAGAGGGCCUUUCGUAAACUUGAGAAGAUUCACAAAGAAGAGACGUCAGAAGGGUCUGAAGAGAUCAGCAAGAUGGUGCGUUUGAUUAUCUCCCAGGACCAGACCAUCCGGCAACAGAUUCAGCAGAUGCGUGAGCUGGACUUGGAAACUGAACUUUUGGAGCAGCAGCUGAUAAGCAGCCCCACUUCUUGCUCCAGCGUCACCGUAUGUGAAGACGAAGAGGCAUCGUUCCAAUUUUUGUCUGAAUAUGAGGGCCAGAUGGAGGAGUACUUUAACACCAGUGAUGGAAUAGAGAAACUAGAACUACAUUUAUGCAAACACAAAGAACUCAUUGAUCGGCUCUGUCGAGAUAUCGACCUGGAGCUGAGGAGUAAUGCUUGUACUUCCGAUUCGGAAGAGUUGAAAGGGGCGGCAGCUGCGAGUCCAGACCUGGAUUUGGUACCUGACCUCUCUAUGUCCUCAUCGGAUCUUUUGGAGUUGGAAAGCUUACGCGAGGAACUUGAGUCGAGCAUGACAGCUGGGCUUUCGCUCCAUUCCCAAACCCAGGAAAUCGAGAAGGAACUGCACCAGAACAAAACAGCCUUACAGUCACGCAACCAAGAAUACCAGCAUCUCAUAGCCCAACUCGGUGCACUGGAGCUGGGUGACCAGCCAAGCCCCAUGAAGAGCCAGAUAAGGGCGGCUGUCUCUCAGCAGACAUCAGGCAAGGUCAGACAAACAUGCUCACCUACAGAUGUAACAGACACAGACUCAGACACUGGAAUAAGCUCUACGCACAGUCAAGACUCGCUGUCACCGUGCAUGGACAGGUCCGCUCCUCUGGAUACUGAUGUUUAGACAAACUGAGGAUACACUGAACAAGUGCAUUUAUACUGUAUUUAAAAACUUUAAAAUCAAAUAUUAACAUUAUUUAACUGUUACACUUGUAUUAUGUUACAGCGCAGCUACUGACACAAACACUUUAAAAUGAUUAAAAAGGUGCUUAAAGAGUUCUUCACAGCGAUGCCAUAGAAGAACCAUUUUUGGUUCGUCAAAGAACAAUCUUCUUUUGUGUUCAACAGAAAAAAAGAAACUCAUACAGGUUUAGGACAACAUGAGGGGGAGUAAACGAUGACAGAAUUUUCAUUUUUGGGUAAACUAUCCCUUUAAAUCUUCUUUAUGGAGCCAUUUGGCUGAAAAUUGUUCUUCUGUGGCAUCGUAAAGCACCCUUUAUUUUGAAGAGUUUAGAUUUAGUAUAGAUUAAAGCAUACAGAUAAAUUAAACCUCAUAUGCACUUAAAGCCCAAAUUAAAUAUUGGGAAAGACUCAAAUGUUUUACACCACACAACGACUUAAUAUUCAUGUAUCUUAAAUUAGAAUGCAAUGCAUUAGAAAUGUACUUGCAUACAACAUAAAUACAAAAGUUAUGCAAGACUUUCUCCCCCAAAAUUGUAACAAAUAAAAUAUUGUAAAUAAGUCCAUUGCAUUAUGAAAAGCAACACAUUUGUGACCCUGGACCACAAAACCAAUCCAAAUGGUCAAUUUUUUUGAAAAUGAGAUUUAUGAAUAAAUCUGAGAGCUGAAGGAAUAAGCGUUCCAUUGAUGUAUGGAUUGUUAUAACAUGAUAUAUUUGGCCGAGAUACAACUAUUUGAAAAUCUGGAAUCUGAGGGUGCAAAACAAAUUAAAUUAUUGAGAAAAUUGCCUCAUGUCCAAAUGAAGUACUUAGCAACUAGCCUAUCUUCACUCACGAAAAUAAAAAGUUUUGAUAUAUUUACAGUUGAACAAUUACAAAAUAUCUUCCUGGAACAUGAUUUUUAUUUAAAGGGACACUCCACUUUUUUGAAAAUAUGCUUAUUUUCCAGCUCCCCUAGAGUUACACAAUUGAGUUUUACCGUUUUGAAAUCCAUUCAGCCGAUCUCCGGGUCUGGCAGUAUCACUUUUAGCAUAGCUUAGCACAAUUCAUUGAAUCUGAUUAGACCAUUAGCAUCGCGCUCAAAAAUAACCAAAGAGUUUGGAUAUUUUUCCUAUUUAAAACUUGACUCUUCUGUAGUUACAUCGUGUAGUAAGAGUGACGUAAAAUAGUCCCCUUGGUAACUUUCAAUAGCUGGGGACUAUAUUUUCAGGAACUGCGUAAUAUCAUUGCGCCUGCUGCAGCCAUGGUACGGCAGCAAAGUCCUUAAUUAUUACGGCAGAAUGAGGGUAAAGCUCCUAGCCAUAUCUGCAUAGAAAAUCGCAACUUUUAAUUUUCUGUCGUUCUUAGUACACGAUGUAACUACAGAAGAUUGAAACUCUUUGAUCUAAUGGAGUAAUCAGAUUCAAUGGAUUACGCUAAGCUAAGUGGUACCACCAGACGGGGAGAUCGGCUGAAUGGAUUCCAAAGUGGCAAAACUCAAUUGUUUAACUCUAGGGGAGCUGGAAAAUGAGCCUAUUUUCAAAAACAGUGGAGUGUCCCUUUAAUAUCCUAAUGAUUUUUGGUAUAAAAACGAUAAUUUUCACUCAUUAAUGUAUUGUUGGCUAUUGCUACAAAUAUACCGGUGCUACUAUUGACUGGUUGUACUGUCCAGGGUCACAUUUAGCUGUAAUAAGAUAUGCAUGCAUCCAAUUGUUUUACAUUAAAACAACUACUGUAUAUAUAAACUGUGCAUAUAAGCUUAACUUUUGAACAUUUCUCUGUACAUAAACAGAUCUGCACAGACUGCAAAAUAUAGAGUUAUAUCAUUUAUCAUAUGAAUACAUAAUUUAUUUGUUAACCCUUUCAUGUGUUAUUGUGCUGAAAUAUACUACUGUUUUCUCAGCAAUGUCUUAAGUCUUUUUAGCAUAGCAAAGCAAUGACAUUUCCCCCAUGUUAUUGCAAUUAAAGAUGUGUUAGCAACAUUCUUUUCUGAUGUGGCACUUGAUAACUUGCUGUCUCACGUUCCUUCAACGUUUAAAGUAGGUUAAAACAGCACUUAGUGAAAGAACUAAGGAUAUUUGAAAUCUAAUGGGAAAACCUUCUUACAUUUAAGUCAGUGCCAGUGAGACAUUUGAUUCCCUGUACUUCGAAUAAUUGCCUCAUUCUUUUCUUCUGUAAAACUUGCAGAGACUAAGACAGUCCUGUUAAAGUCUGGUCUUAUUGCCACGUUGAAUUAAUGCAUGCCUCCUGAAUGGUGACUACGUGUCGUUACACAGCGUGACUCAUAACACAUUUGAUCUUGGAAAAAAAUCAAACGCAACACAAAUGGGUUUAAAAUAAUAAAGGUUGCAUUAUGCAGCAGACCUUGGUUUAUUAAAGUGUGUUAAUAAAGCUUUGCUUGACUGGGUCCAUCCGAGUACUGUGGCGUCACACUGAGAUAAUAACCGAAUUCCCCCUCGUUGGCUCUCAUCCAGCCCCGCACAACCUGUAGGGUGCAGGCAUUAUAAAAUCAGAGGGCUCUUUAAUGUCUUCACUGCCAGCACCGUGACUUGUUUAUUGCCACUGUCAAUUGAGAAGGAAUCAGAGAGCUGCCAGGACUCAGUCAUGUUGCAAAACAUCUGUAAUUACCGGGGGCGAAAACGGCAAUUACUGACUUUUAUCUUUCGCUGCUUCUCCCGCAGCACUAACAAUUAAACUGGCCAAUUCUUUGUAAACACUGUAAACACCAUUGAACUUUUAAUUAGCAGUGCAUCGGUGUCCCUACAAAGCGUCCCUGGUGUCCCUGAAAAUGUGCGAGGUGGCACAGAAACAAAAGAGGGUCAUGACAUCAUCAUAAUGGGCUUUGAUGUACAGUAGUAGAUUUGCAUGGUUAAGUAUUUUUAUCCCCCCAAGGCUGUCUUGUAACAAGAUACUUGUAUUUUCCUUCACUAUGCAAUGCGAGUUUCUUGAUAUAAACACACGAUGUGGUUUUUCCACAAGUGAUAGGAUUAUUUUAAGCAAGACAUAAUAGUCCAGUUGGC